AUGGACGCAUAUUGGAGAGCACAUAAUAUUGUGAAGAGAUACAAGGGCAAACUCAUUGCUUGGAAUGUUGUUAACGAAAAUUUGCAUUUUGAUUUCUUUGAAAGAAGGAUUGGUGCAGCAGCUUCAGGCAUUAUGUAUAAUUGGGCUCUUAAAGCUGAUGGAGCAACCCCUUUAUUCUUGAAUGAUUUCAAUACCGUUGAGGAUAGCAGAGAUUGGAAAGCCUCGCCAAAAGCGUACAUUAACAGGCUCAGAGGGAUUAAAAGGGCAUGGUACUUGGAGCAGAUUCUAAGGGAGGUACAUUCUCACCCACAAAUUCAAGGAAUUGUGAUUUGGUCUGCAUGGCAACCUCAAGGAUGUUACAGAAUGUGCUUAACCGAUUACAAUUUCAAAAACUUGGCCACUGGUAAUGUUGUGGACAAGUUACUACAUGAAUGGGGUUUGUGGGCUUUCGAUUCGACUUCUGCCACAACAGACGCUAAUGGUUUCUUUGAGGCCUCCCUCUUCCACGGGGAAUCGGGGAUUAUGAAGUUAACAUUACUCACCCCUGUCACAAAUUCCUCCUUGGUUCACAGAUUCAAUGUGGCACCAAAAUCUGAGUCCCAGGAACCAUUGUAG